UCAGCGUAGAAAGGAGAAGUCGGUCCAGUCUUCAGCGGUCGACGCAGUGAAAACAGCGGCAGGUCACUGCGAAAAGACGACGUUUGUCCGCCGAAAAAGACGAAUGGAUUUAUUAACUCUACCGCGGUUGUUGUAGUGACUUUCAGCAGACGAAGACGGCUGGAUACAAGUUCAGCCCUCCUAUUCCCCUCCCUGCCCCCCCUGAUCUUUUCUCCAAUGGCUGCUGUUCCCCCGAGGGCAGGUCUAAGUAUGGGGUAAGAGAACUGAGAGGAGACACCGAGACGACACAAGCUGAGGAGUCUCUCUAACCUGCACAGGUGGUGACAGGUGCAGGACGCUGUGAUGGCGCUACAGCGGAGGAGGCUGAAGCUUGUGGUGACAGUGAUGAUGGUCAACCUCUUCAUCUUCAUCCUCAUCUCCCGACACACCAGCCAAGACAAAAACGGGAGUCACAAAGUCAACAUCCCCUCCAAACCCUUCUGGACCAAACUGGUUCCCAGCUCUGCUUACUGGAACCGCCAGCAGCAGAUUUUGGACAUUCAGAACAAUCCAGUCCUCUUUGCUAACUACACCGACAUGCCUGACUGGCUCAACGAAACCAGUUUAACCUCUGACCCCUGCCAGCCUAACUUCAAGGCUACUACUCAGGUGAAAGACUACAACUCCCUUCCGCAACGCUUCAAGGACUUCCUGCUUUACAUGCACUGCCGCUCUUACCCAAUCAUGGUGGACCAACCUGAUAUCUGUAAGGAUCCUCCGUUCCUGCUCCUGGCUGUCAAAUCCCUGGCACCGCACUUCGACCGCCGUCAGGCCAUCCGUCAGUCCUGGGGACAGGCGGGUGUUGUAGCCAAUCAAACAGUGGUUACUAUCUUCCUUCUCGGUACCACCACAGCUGGGGACCACCACCCGGAUCUGUCAGAGAUGCUGCACUAUGAAAGCGACCGCCAUAAAGACAUCAUCCAGUGGGAUUACCGCGAUUCAUUCUUCAACUUGACUGUCAAGGAAGUUCUGUUCCUGGAAUGGAUCCAGACUCGUUGCUCCGGUGCUCGCUUCAUUUUCAAAGGCGACGAUGAUGUCUUUGUGAACACCUACCGCAUCCUGGACUUCCUCAAGGGCCUCUCGGAGCCCAAAGCCAGGGACCUGUUUGUGGGUGACGUGAUCACCAACGCGGGGCCACACCGGGACAAGAAGGUCAAAUACUUCAUCCCAGAGAGCAUGUACAUCGGGACGUACCUUCCUUAUGCAGGAGGGGGCGGGUACCUUUACUCUGGUGACAUCGCUGCUCGUCUGCACAAUGUGUCGCAACAUGUAGCGCUCUACCCGAUAGAUGAUGUCUACACGGGUAUGUGUCUUAGGAAGCUAGGGCUGGCCCCCGAAAAGCACAAAGGCUUCAGGACCUUUAAUAUAGAGCUGAAGUACAGGUCAAACCCCUGCGCCUAUAAGAGUUUAAUGCUCGUUCACCCGAGGACCCCGCAGGAGAUAAUCCAGAUCUGGGCCUGGCUCAACAGUCCUGACCUGAACUGCCAGUGAUGGCUCCGCAGCAGGCAGUUUGGGACCACCUGAAACGGCCCCAGAGAGGAAGACAUUUUGAGGUUGUUCCCAAAAGAUCGAAGUGACAAAUUUUAUUUCAAACAGGGUCAUGACUUAAAAGUUGACCGCUUUAAAUUGAGAUAUUAUUCUUAUUGUCACUUGGCGCCUCAGCUUAGAGCAAUUAAUGCUUUGUACCUCUGAAGAUGUGGACGGAUUAACUAUUUUUCAGAAUGGCCACCAUAGUAUUUUGACUUGAUGUCAGACUUCCAUAGACGUAAGCUAACUCUGCUUUACUGUCGAACGAGCUUCAUCCAAAGUCACCGUGUCUUUCUUUGCGUGCACAUAUUUAUAUCACAACUAUUUAUAUGGCCUUUGUAAUGCUUUAAUACUGUGUCGGCUCCGUGAUGGAGUGUCUCAAUGCUGUAUUAUAUAAAUAAAGAGACUAAGAUCUGGCAUAUGUCCGCCGCAGACACUUUGUUAGGUUGACACUCAUGAAAACUCUUGAGUGUCUAAAUAUUUCAUACGUAAAUAAAAGGGUGAAGCUCUUGAACUUCACUCUUUAGGAACAAGCGGUGGGUUCCACAUGCUGCAGUUUAUUGCUGCUAGCUUUAAAAGUGCUUCCUGGUGAACACGUCCUAGUAAUUGUUGCUGGAGGCUUAGUUUGUGCUGCUAUUCCCAUCCACACUUCCUAUUUACUUGUGACCUGCUCCAUCUCAAACUCAAGUUCCUCUUGCUAAAGACUCAGAGAAACUUGUUCACCAUUGUGUUUGUUAAUUUAUAAACUAUCUUGAUCAAUAAAACGAAAGCUAUGGGCUUUAGAGCAACUAAAUGAUGAUGUAAAGGUAAAACAAACACAUCAUUUAGUUGCUCUAAAACCCAUAGCAUUCAUUUUAUUGAUCGAUAGUCUCCCAUAAUUUGUGCUGUCUGUCAUUGCUUUAACUGGUAAGAUAUAUCAUGUUACAACAACACUUCAAAUCAUUAUAGAGCUUUGAAAUUGAGUGUUUGGUGGAGUGAAUAUGCACUUUGCUUUCAGGAAACAGCUGGACAGCUCAGCAGGUCUGGGCUCGGUCUUGACAUGGAUGGAGAAAACCAAAUGCUUUCUAAUUGUGCUUCAGGUUUUCGCGUUGCCCAUAUAAAUGUAAAAAAGUGCUUUUUCAGAUACAAAUGUUAAAACCACCAGAGCUUCUGUCUGAAUACUCACUAUAACGUGCCUCAUGAGUGUCUGCAGCUGUUGUGUGGAGCUGUUAAUUGCCGUUAAAUGCUGCGUUACUGUGAUGUCAGUGAAUCUGAGUUGAAGAGGUUUUAAAACACAGGUGGAACGUGGUUGGAGCGUCAUGUCUACGUUAACUAAGCUUUUGUUACUUGACAAAUUGGCUCUGCAAUGUUCACAGAUCCUUUUGCAGGCUUCAUUUCAAAAUGUUACAUAUCCAUGGAGAACAUUAUGUCUGAUUGUCUGAACUCCCUGUUUUGGGAUGAUGCAGCCACUUAUAAUGGUGGAAUGAAAGUCUUAUUAUUUAAAUGUUACUGCUCUACUCACUACUGUAUGGCUUUAGCACAAAUGUUGUGUCUUACUUGCUUUAUGAGAGAAGUGACACGCAAGUUACACAAUGUUCCUUAUCAGCUGCAUGUGAGACAGAUACUUGAGUUUUCAGAUUCCCCUUUGCGAUAUUAUAUGUCUUACAGAGGAGAUGCUCUUUGUUUCCCUUAAACCUCAAUAGGAUAGGUCACAGAAGUGUGCUACAAGAAUGUAUAUCUUUACCUGGGUUUUGGGUCAAUCCACUUUCAUUUCAUUGAUUUCAGUUCAAUCUUCAGUAUUCAUAUUCAGAAUCUCACUGGACCUAGCUCAUGAAGUCUAUACUGAAAAUGAGUUGCCUAGAUGUUGGUUUCAGUCAGAUGUUUAGACUCGCCCUGAACCUGGUGGUUCUUUUCAUCUGAGAGAAGGGCAAAUCCUCCUAUGCCUCUGUUAGAGCUCCCCCUACUGGUCAGGAUGGUGAUCUUUCGGGCAGACACUGUAGUUCCUCAUUUAUUUUUCACGUCUUAACCAUAUGUUAAUUACCUCUGCUUCUGACACUUAAAAUCAUCACUUAUAACAACUCAUAUCUCCGUUUUAAUGUUUGUGGUUUCUUUUAGCCAACAUUGGUGUCAGAUAGUUGGGGUUUGCCUCAUAGUUUAGACAAUCAGUGAGGUUCUUACAGGUUAAUUCUGUAACUUUUUGUUAUGGGAUAACUCCACUGCACAAUCAUUUUCAUGUAGGAUUAAACAAACACUAAAAAAAAAAAAGAGACAAGGCAUGGUAUCUCCUAUUCUCUUCUUUUCUUUAGGUCAUGUUUCCUCAACAAUAUUCACUGUGGUUUCCCACUGCUCACAUACCAAUAAUAGGUUGCAUUCUGACCUUGGUGCACACAGUUUGUAGCUACUUGAAAUGUUUACAUACUUAGAAAAGUCAUCACUUAUUUUUAUAAUUGUUACUUGGGUAUGUUGGAUUUGAACCUUUAGCCAUCACACUCCUUUAGUUGUGUAAUUUUGCUUCAGUUUUUCUUUUCAAGGACCUCUUCCUGUUUAACUUGUCUCAGUAGCCAUUGUGUCAUUUUCUGAGCUUUCUGAGCUGUAGAUGCUGGUGUUUUUCACUGAACAACAGUAAGCCAGUGGGUGAAGAAAACAUCAUUGCCAAACAGGGGGGAAAAUAUCAGACAAAAUCUAAUAAGAGCAAGAAAAAGAUAUCAUGUGAUAAAUGCACGAGUUGCAAAGUUGCCUAAUAAACAAGCAUUGUUUCGUUAUUAUUGUAUCUUGUGCAUUGAAUAAAUCAGGAUCAAAUUUCAUUAUUUUGUUACCGAGAUAUUUUUACUGUACAUUGCGCCAUUAACCCCUUGUUAACAUUUAUUUCAGAAACCUGUCACUGUCCUAUACAACACCUGAAUUAGUCAGAGACAAUUACCAAGUAUGUGCCUGAUGUUUGGAUGUACUGUAUGUACAUACAAGAUUAUUCUUCAACCAUGUUAAGCCUGAUCACUUUUUUAAUACCGAGAAUGACUUGAUUAUAUUGUGCUGUUUUUGUAAAUCUGUUCUAUGCAUUUUUGUUGUAAUACAAAUAAAUUAUGUGAAUAAAGUAUAAAGUAAUUCGUUA